UCUUGUUAUGACACCUCAAACACUGUUGCAUAAUCUAUCUCACUGCUUUAUCCGGAUUGAUCAAGUUUCCCUUCUGAUAUUUGAUGAAUGUCAUUAUGCACAACUUGAAAGCAAUCAUCCUUACGCUGAAAUCAUGAAGAUUUUCUACAAAGCAGAUAUGGCAAAACUUCCCCGCAUAUUUGGCAUGACUGCAUCUCCAAAAUUAGGGAAAGGGGGUUCAAUUGAUAGUCUCGAGGCUUUACUGCAUGCGAAGAUUUAUUCUGUUGAAGACAAAGAUGAACUGGAAGAAUUCGUAACAUCCCCUAAAGUAAAUGUAUAUUAUUACGAUUCAACUGAAAAUGGCUACUCUUGCCCUCAAAAUAUCUAUGCCAGAAAACUUGAGGAGAUGAAGCACCAGUGCCUGUCAGCUCUCCGGAUGGAUACAGCUGACCGAACUCUGCUUAAGAACACUAAGAAGUUGCUUCAAAGGCUGCAUAGUAACCUAAUAUUUUGUUUGUCAAAUCUUGGACUCUGGGGGGCAUUACAGGCUAGCAACAUUUUCCUGAAAGGCGAUCAUUCUGAGCGCUCUGAGCUUGUGGAGGCAGAAGGGAAUUGCAGUGAUGAUGAUUUAUGUGACAAAUAUUUGAAUCAGGCUGCCACAAUGUUUGCUUCUGAUUGCAGGGAAGAUGGCAAGGAAACUGAUUUAUCCUCCAUGGAGCUUUUGAGGGAGCCCUUUUUCUCAAGAAAGCUCAAACAGCUUAUUGAAAUUCUCUCCAAUUUUAGAUUACAACCAAAUAUGAAGUGCAUAAUUUUUGUCAAUAGGAUUGUGACUGCAAGAUCCCUCUCAUAUAUACUCAACAAGCUCAAGUUCAUAUCUUCUUGGAGGUGCAAUUUCCUUGUAGGAGUGCAUUCUGGACUCAAGAGCAUGUCGCGUAAAAAUACGAACAUCAUUCUUGAGAAGUUUCGCUCCGGUGAGAUAAAUCUAUUGAUUGCAACAAAAGUGGGUGAGGAGGGACUUGAUAUUCAGACAUGUUGCCUUGUUAUACGGUUUGAUCUUCCAGAAACUGUUGCUAGUUUUAUACAAUCUAGAGGUCGAGCACGUAUGCCCCAGUCUGAAUAUGUAUUUUUGGUGGACAGGGGCAACCCAAAGGAGCUCAGUUUGAUAGACCAUUUUACAAAAGACGAAGCUCAGAUGAAUGAAGAAAUUUCAUCAAGAGAAUAUAAAGAGGGGUUCAAUAAUGUUGAGGAAAGAACCUAUAAAGUGGAUGCUACCGGGGCGACUAUUAGUUCUGUAUCAAGUAUCUCAUUGCUUCACCGCUAUUGUUCAAAGCUUCCUCAUGACGAGUACUUCACCCCAAAACCACAGUUCUUCUGCUACGACGAAGCAGAUGGAAAGGUUUGCAAAAUAAUUCUCCCCGCUAAUGCUGGAGUUCAUCAAAUUGUCAGUGAACCGCAACAGUCAACGGAUAUGGCUAAGAGAGAUGCCUGUUUAAAAGCAUGCAAAGAAUUGCAUGAAAAUGGUGCUCUGACAGAUUAUCUCUUGCCAGAACAAGAAGAUAAAUCUGAGGACUCAAUUCAGGAUUUCUCUGAUUCUGACAGCUGUGAUGAUGAGGAAUCACGAAUUGAAUUCCAUGAGAUGCUUGUUCCUGCUGCCCUUAGAGAACCUUGGAUAGAAAUGGAGAAUUCCACUUGUUUGAGCUCCUACUAUAUAAAAUUUUUCCCUAAUCCUGUGGAUAGAGUUUAUAAAAGGUUUGGUAUUUUCAUGAAAUCGCCACUCCCAGAAGAGGCCGAGAAAAUGAAGCUUGAUCUUUGUUUGGCUCGUGGUAGAACAGUAAUGACAGAGCUUAUUCCAUCUGGAGUUGCUAGAUUAAAUAAAGAUGAGAUCGCAUUAGCAGAAAAAUUCCAGCAGAUGUUCCUCAAAGUCAUUCUGGAUCGGUCUGAAUUUAUCCCAGAAUAUGUUUCGUUAGAAAAUCAUGAUGUUUACGAGUCGAGAUCAUCAACCUUCUACCUAAUGCUCCCUAUUACUCAGAACGAGAAUAAAAAAAUUUCUGUAGACUGGAUGACAGUCAAAAGAUGUUUGUCGUCACCAAUUUUUAAAUAUCCUGGAAAUAGUGCGGAAGACAAAAUUUGUCGACUUAAUGACUACUUGCAUCUUGCCAAUGGUUGCAAAUGUAAGAAUGAUGUCGUGAACAGUUUGGUGUAUGUCCCAUGCAAGGAGACAUUUUUCUUUAUAGAUGAUGUUGUUCCGGAGAAAGAUGGAUACAGUUUGUACAAUGAAUCAGAAAAUCAAAUGGAGCACUAUAUUAAGAGGUUUGAUAUUCGCCUUUCACACCCCAGGCAACCCCUUUUGAAAGCGAAACAACUUUUUGUUUUGACCAACUUGCUUCGCAAGAAAGGAUAUUCAGAAACACGUGAAAAAGAAGAACACUUCAUCGAAUUACCACCUGAGAUUUGUCAGUUGAAGAUAAUUGGGUUCUCUAAAGAUAUUGGAAGUUCAUUAUAUCUUAUACCAUCAAUCAUUCAUCGCCUUGAAAGCUUGCUUGUGGCAAUUGAAUUGAAGGAUAAGUUAUAUGCUUCAUUCCCCGAGGGAGCUGAAAUUACUGCUAACCGUAUUCUUGAAGCUCUCACGACUGAAAGAUGCUGUGAGAAAUUUUCUCUGGAAAGGCUUGAAGUGCUUGGGGAUGCAUUUCUCAAGUUUGCAGUUGGAAUACAUCUCUUUCUUAAGAACGAUGCCCUAGAUGAAGGGCAGCUGACCAGAAAGCGUUCUAACAUUGUAAACAAUUCUAAUUUACUCAAGCUGGCAACAAGAAAUAACUUACAGGUAUAUAUACGUGAUCAAUCAUUUGAACCUCUCCAUUUCUAUGCAUAUGGUCGUCCUUGUCCUGUAAUUUGCAACAAGGAUGCUGAAAAAAGUAUACACUCUAGAUACUGUAGUAAGACAAACGGUACAGAUGCUGAAGUUAGAUGCAACAAGAGUCAUCACUGGUUACGCAAGAAAACUAUUGCAGAUGUUGUUGAGGCACUUGUUGGAGCCUUUAUAGUUGAUAGCGGCUUCAAAGCAGCAACGGCAUUUCUAAAAUGGAUUGGGAUACAUGUAGAGGUGUCUGCAUCGCAACUUGACAAAGUCUGCCUUGCAAGCUCGGCAUUUCUGCCCCUUGCUGAUCUGAUUGAUGUUAGUUACGUUGAGAAUCUGUUAGGAUAUGACUUUUCCCGUAAGGGUUUGCUGAUCCAGGCCUUUGUCCAUCCUUCUUAUAACACACACUCAGGAGGUUGCUACCAGAGACUUGAGUUUCUUGGGGAUGCAGUCUUGGAUUAUCUGAUCACUUCCUAUCUGUAUUCAGCAUAUCCUAAAUUAAAACCUGGACAGUUGACCGAUUUGAGAUCAAUGUGCGUAAACAACAUUUCAUUUGCUGACGUAGCUGGACGAUGGUCUUUCCACAAAUUAAUUAUUUGCAAUUCUAAAGAUCUCCGCAAUUCAAUGACCAAAUACGUUGACUCCAUUGGAGUAUCAGCAUCAGGGGGGGCGCAAAUUGAAGAGAAAACUAGUCCGAAGGCCCUUGGUGACUUGGUGGAGUCUUAUAUGGGUGCCGUCUUUCUUGACACGGGGCUCAAUUUAAACCGUGUUUGGGAGAUAAUGUUAUCUUUGCUUGAUCCUAUAAUUGAUGUUUCCAAGUUGCGGUAUAAUCCUCUUAAGGAACUUCGGGAGCUUUGCCAAUUCUAUGACUGGAAGCUGCAGUUUCCUUCAUCGAAGAAAGAUGGUAAAUACUCUGUCGAAGCAAAAGUCAAUGGAAAUGACGUUUCUGCAACUGCUUGCGCCACUAACAUCAGCAGAAAAGCUGCCAAAAGAAUUGCUGCCCAACAAGUAUUUAAACACUUGAAGGGUAAAGGCUACAAAUCAAAGUCGAAACCAUUGGUGGAAUUGCUUAAAAAAUGUGAAAAGAAGGAAGCCAAAUUGAUUGGAUAUGAAGACAUGUUUUCUUUUCUUACUUCUAAAUUCGAUGAGUUGAAGUUGCAUGAAGCUUUCGAAGUUGUCAAAUCAAAAGUCAGUUCUCUCGAUGAAAUGCCCCAAAUAAAUUAUGAAACCUAUCCCAUACCAAGUAGACAGCCUUCUUUUUCGAACAAGGCUUCUGAGUGCAAUCGUACACUGAACAUUCAAAUUAAUGGCUCCAAUGUUGAUUCACCCUCCAUCUGUCCAAGUGCUGACUGCAAUUUGGAUUCGCGGGAAACAGGUACUUUCCACAAUGGGUCGGCAAAGUCACGUCUCUAUGAAGUAUGUGUUGCUAACUGCUGGAAACCGCCCAUUUUUCACUGUUGCAAAGAGACAGGACCGAGCCACAUAAAAGAAUUCACUUUCAAGGUGGGGAUGGAAAUUGAUGAAAUGCCAGACGAGAUAUUUGAGUUUUAUGGAGAACCUCAGGCGAAGAAGAAAGAUGCAGCUCACAGUGCAGCAAAUGGUGCACUUUGGUACUUGAAACACGAGGGAUUUUUAAGGUGUAAAGACUAAGAAAUUCAUUAAGGAUUUUGUCAGAGGAUACUGUCCUUUAAUUUGUAAAUGUGUAGUGUCUGCAUCGUAUGUAUAAAGUUUCUAUGCAUGAGUUUGGCCAUGUGAAAAACCUUAAACCUCAUGUAAAAUUUGUGUAGCUUCUAUACCAUAUGUUGAAGAAUAUGUUUAGUAAAAGACGAAAGAAUGGUUCGUCUCUGCUGAUUUUGUAGCCUCUCAUUGAAACACUGUAACCGAUGUGGGUUUGGGACUAAAUUUAAAGUUCGUAGUCUAAAGUAUCAUUUGAGUAAA